AUGGCCGUGGUGGGAGGUCUGAGUCACAGCUCAGUCUCUCGUCUGAAGGAGACCCACUCUCAUCUGGCGCCCGAGGUCAACAAGGUCACCACAUACGCCUGCCUCUGCUCUGUCACAGCCUCACUAAUAUCAUCUGAUGGGGUUCUACAUUUUAAUUUACUUUAGAUCAUGGUCAUAAUCAUUUAGCAUCUGCUAAGGAUCAAUUUAGGUCAAUUCAUCAACUGCCAUGUAGUGAUGGUUUCAGAAAGCACACCACGCAUCAUUUAUAUCGUCUUCAUUUCCUGCCAUUUGAUGUUACAUUCAGUUUUGGGGAGUUGUGAACUACAUGUAAUUUAAUUACAUUUUGCAGAAGCUGAAGUAGGCAAGAAUUUCCUUUAUUUUUCGGCAACAGACCUGCUAAUUCUCACUUGAAACCCUUUUUGUGUGCCUAAUUCUCACUUUUUGUGUUUAAUAGGCUAAAUCACACAUUCUGUUAUCAUCUGACUACAGAGUGAUCUGUUCUUGCAAUUUGUGGUCUAUGACAUUUCAAAUAUAUUUUUUCACUAGUAAGUAGUUUGGAAGUAGUGAACUACCUUUUCUAAGUAACUUUAUUUAAAUAAACUAGAUUUUCCUAAGGGUAGCUUUAGUGUAGCUUAACUUCUUCCAGUGUGAAGUAAUUGGUAACUUGGUAAGCUAUAUUUUCAGAGUAGCUUCCCCGACACUGGUCACUCUCUCUGUUUCUUUCCGGUGCUGUAUCUAAUAUCGAUCCUGUCCCUACUUCCUGCCAUCCUACCCCUCCCAUCAGAUCUGGAAUGAGAUGACGGAGCUGGUCUCUUCCAAUGGGAACUACUGUGCUUACCGCAAGGCCUUCUCAGACUCCGAAGGCUUCAAGGUCCCCAUCCUGGGAGUCCACCUGAAGGACCUGAUUGCCGUGCACGUGGUCUUCCCCGACUGGGUGAACGACAACAAGGUGAACAUCGUAAAGAUGCAGCAGCUCUACCUCACCUUCAACGAACUGGUGUCCCUUCAGAGUGCUGCAGCCCACGUGGAACCCAACAUGGACCUCAUCUACCUGCUCACCGUGAGUGUCCCGGCCUAAAGUCCCCCGUCAACAGGAAAUUGACUUGUUAAUCGUUCUGUCACAUUUUUCACUUCAGGGGGUCUCAAACCACAUUUUGUAGGAUCAUACAGAAGAGUAACAUGAUAAUAAAUGGCUUUCAUUAUUGCAGAACACUGUUUAAUCGUAAGCAAUUUCCCCAGCUCUCUCUAGACCUUUACUACACUGAAGAUGAGAUAUAUGAGCUAUCCUUGCUAAGGGAACCACGGAACCCAAAGUCUUUGGUAAGUCACCAUGUUGGGUCUAUAGGCUGUAUUGUUGGAUCUAUGGUCAUUAGAAAUAUCAACUGAAAUGUAUAAAGAAUAUAAAUAAUACUGGAUACUGGGGCGGCAGGUAGCUUAGUGGUUUAAGAGUGUAGUGCCAGUAACCGAAAGGUCGCUGUUUUAAUCCCCGAGCCGACUAGGUGAAAAAUCUGUCGAUGUGCCCUUGAGCAAGGCACUUAACCCUAAUUGCUCCUGUAAGUCGCUCUGGAUAAGAGCGUCUGCUAAUGACUAAAAUGUAAAUGUAAAAAUGAUACCUGAGUGGUCCUAUCUUCACUCCAGCUUUUUCCCACUCCACAGCCUACUUCUCCGACAACCCCUAACAAGCCAAUGGCCCUUCUGGACUGGGCAUCAGGUGUGACAACCAAACCUGACCCCAGUGUGGUGAACAAGCACAUCAGGAAGGUGGUGGAUGUAAGUUGCUUCCAUUACAGUAACACUGAUCUGCAUAAAUAAAGUCCAGGAGGACAUAGCACAGCUGUGAUCUGACUGAAACUCUUAUUGACUGAUGAAAUGACAUUGUUGUAGAAACUAAGUUUAAAAAAAAACACUUCAAAAUGUUAUUAUCUACAGGAUGAGUUACGCGUUCAGAAAUAGCUCAUACAUUAUUUCAAGAAUCAGUCUGUGGCUAUUUUUGUCACAAUACCAAAUAUUUGAGUAGGUAUAUGAACCAUUUCCACAUGGUUCACAGCAACUACUAAAUUAUGACUAAAACAAUUGCUGGUGCUUGUAAAUCAUUUGAAGUCCUUUGUUCUUGUCUUACUCUGAGAAGUCUGUAUUCAGGAACUACAAACCAUGACCAUGAUGGCUACAUCUCUCAGGAGGACUUUGAGAGUAUUGCUGCCAACUUUCCUUUCUUGGACUCCUUCUGUGUGUUGGACAAGGACAAGUGAGUGACCCUGUCUACCAUUGAACAUUUGACAGCUCAGAAGUGUCACAGCUAAGCCACCUCAUCCUCCACUUCUAUCUCCCUCUUUCUGUCACCAACAAACACUCUCUCACAUUGCCUCUUUCUCACUCAUACACACACAGGCACCGAGCACGCACCCACACACACACACACACACACACACACGCACACCCAACCCAUACAAGCAUGCAUGCACCCACCCACACAUUCAAGUUCCACACAUACACACAUGCAAACACAUUUUCACAUUUCCACACCUAACCCAUCUCCCCAUAUAUCUCACCUUGUUUGCCUUUCACACAUGCACCCCAUAUCUCUCUCCCGAUCUCUUAUACACAAACACAGUAAUCUGAUUCUUGUGCCUGUUUAAUAUUUGCCUUUAAAGCAGUUACGAGCAUCCAAGAUGCAAGAAGACUGCAAACUGUGGGUUUUCUAAAAACCCUGUGAUUUCACAGCAAGAUAACUGGCCAUCAUCACCCAUUUUUCACCACACAAAGUUACAGUAUGAAUGAGGUCAUUGGUAUUGUCAAACCUCCUAUUGUAAAUCUGCAGGAAAACACUCUGAAGUCACAACAGAGUUAAAAUCUGCUUUUAGCCCUGCCUUGACUGGGAGUGGUGCUUUGUCACCAUGGCUUGAGGAGGGGGGUGGUGAAGGUUAUGGCAGCCCAUGAAGGACACGCAGCGCCACCCACAGUGCUCUGCCCUCGUGUCCUGUGUGGUUCAUCUGUUCAACUGGAACGCCUCAAAUCACAUUUCAGGUCGCAUGAGCAGCUCCAUGACUCAGGAAAUAGGUCUGGGAGGCUAAGCUCCUUAGGAGGGAGACUGGAGACAUGCAGGGGCUGGAGUGUCUAAUCUAGAGCAUUGUUGUAGGUCUCUCCAUGUCUGGAUAAGACACAAAAUAAGGGUUGGGAUUUACUGUCACGUUUGCAUAACAAGAGCUGUCUUUCUCUCCAUCUUAUCAUCUGUAUUUUUCUUUGUCUUUCUCUCUGUCCCCCCCCCCCCGCCCCUCUCCUCUCCUCUACUCCACUCCAGGGAUGGCCUGAUUAGUAAGGAUGAGAUGAUGGCUUACUUCCUGAGGGCCAACCCCUUGCUCCAGUGUAAAAUGGGCCCUGGUUUUAUCCACAACUUUACGGAGAUGACGUAUCUGAAGCCUACCUUCUGCGAGCACUGUGCUGGAUUUGUAUGUAUACUGUGCACCUUGAGAGAAACAUGAACUGUUUUAUGCUCAGAGACACGGUGCAAGUUUUGGUUGGAAGAAAAGUAUAGGCUUUCUGGUUGUUUCUGUCAGAAACUCUGUGCUAUAUAUUGCCAUCAAAUUAGUGCAAGCCCUCAGCCAGCUACCAAAUGAUACAGUGCUGAGAGAAGAUGUCCAUCUUUAUUCCUUGAGAAGUUGAGACAGAGAUUAUUCACAGUGUAUAGAGGGAUUCAAAAUACAGAGAUGCAAAAUGUUGACAUGACUGCAGGCUACGUUGGUUUAUUAAAGUUUAUAAGAAACAACACUGACUAGUGUUGGCGGAACAAUCAUGCAAUUUACAUGGUGAUGGCAACACUCACAGUCAACAAUGAAAGCAUGCACGUCUUACAUGAGAGAAGAGUUCUUGUUACGUGUCAAAAUAUGUACACAAAUUAUGUUCCCGCUAUCUUUCUAUUUUUGUGUUGUUUUAGGCAUCACUUAGUGAAAAUAAAUGAGAAUUUCUACAGAUAAGUCCUCCUAUUCUUAAAUGAGCAUGCACACAGGCACACAAUAAAACACACACACACACACAAGUUUACAGGAAGUAUGUUUGUGAGACAUUGUAUACUGGUUAACUGUUUUUUUUCAAUCACUUUGGUGCUUAUUUUCACAAGUAUGUGGUGAAUUUUCAAAACUUUUUGUACAAAAACUCCAAACUGGUAACACUUGUGCAUUCAUUUUGUUUGGAGACAUCUUCACCACACAAACAAAAUACAAGUUUACUGUGAAAUACCAUGAGAACAUUGAUUGAAUCAUCAGAACACAACAUAAUGAUAUAUUUUCAAUGUAGUUUGUUUAAACAACAAUUUAAUUCAAUAGCAGAAAAAUGCAAGAUACAUGUUUAAAAAUUGCCCUUUGAAUGUAAUAUGCUUCAGUACUGUAAAGUACAGUACAUUACACUGUUUUCACAUUAGGCAAUUCACUUACACUACCCAUCAAAUUUGACCCAUCAAAAAUGUUAAAUCACAUUUCCAUAAUUUCUAUCCCAUGUGUGAUCAAAGUGUGUUAUCAUUGAAGACAGCUUUCACAAUCAUUGAUGCAAAAAUAUAUGUUCAGAUAUAAUUACAACAUAAGUGUACUGUAGUCAAAUAAAACAAAUUAAAUGAAUGAAAGAAAACAUAACGUUUAGCAGGCACUAGUUCGCAUCAAGCCUGUCUUGAGCAUUUGGCUAUAGGUUCUCAUCGACAUCGCAGUAAAUGCCCUCAUUGUUCAUGCACCUGGGGAAAAACCUUUUGGCAUGGGUAAUCCAAGCCUGACAUAGAUCUGGAUUGAUGUCAUUGCAUGUUCAUCCAUGGCCUGGAGGAGGGUGGCAUGCUCAUAGGGACGGCGAUAUAGACCUUCCACUUGUAUUGCAAUCAUUUAUUUUAUUUUACAUUAUUGUAUUGUACUUAUGAAUUGUAGUGGUCCGUGUGGCUCAGUUAGUAAAAGCAUGCACUAGCAACACCAAAGUAUUGGGUUCGAUUUCCCCUAGGGUUACUUAAAAAAAUGUGUGGACUCACUGUGGAUAAAACGCCUGCUACGUAAAUGGCAUACAUCACAGUAUUACAGUACGGUAUUGCUCAAUGCAAUUUUAGGAAAGCAGUGUGAAAUCCCCCCCCCAUCAGAAAUACCCUAGCAACUUCAUUUUGGAUACAUGUUUACUGUAUAGAGGAUGCAUUAAUACAGUACAUCUCUGUUCUUGUCAAUAUUAGAUUUUUAAAAACUUACUGUGAAGUAAAGUCAUAAUAGUACAUUACAGUAUAUAUCAAACUUUAUACUAAUACUUUACAACAUACAUUUUCAUUAUGUAGUUCUCAAAAUCUAUAGUAGACAAACCAGUAAAAAAAAACUGUAGGUUUAACAAAUGGUUAAGUGAUUAUCAAUUAAAAGCAGUCGGAUUAAGUAAUAGUAAAAUGGGUUUUAACAAAUGAGAAGAAAAUCAAAUAAAAAUGUGAGCAUUGCAUUGUAAAAGGCAAUUACUUUAGAUGAAACUGUUUGGUGAAAAAGGACUGUGUGAUUUGAGUGAUAAACUUAGUCAAUUGAAAAUGUGCUUAAAGUUUUGAAACAACUGCCUUUUUGAUGAUCUGUUUCAAAUUUGGGUCCACUUUAUUUGUAGAUGCUCUACAGAUGGCCAUACUAUCAACAAACUAUCUGUUGAUAAGUAACUGCUGGCUAAGGUUAUGGUUAGGGUUAGGUUUAGGGUUAGGGUUAGGAUAAGGGUUAAGGUUAGGGUUAGAGUUAGGGUUAUUAGAUAGUUAGUUUGAAAUGUUAAUGAUAGUCUGUAGAGCAUCUACAGAUGGACUAUCCAAAUAAAGUGUUACUGAAUUUUGUACUAAGAGUUGUGAAAGUGUACCACAUACAGUGAGGGAAAAAAGGAUUUGAUCCCCUGCUGAUUUUGUACGUUUGCCCACUGACAAAGAAAUGAUCAGUCUAUAAUUUUAAUGGUAGGUUUAUUUGAACAGUGAGAGACAGAAUAACAACAACAAAAUCCAGAAAAAACGCAUGUCAAAAAUGCUAUAAAUUGAUUUGCAUUUCAAUGAGGGAAAUAAGUAUUUGACCCCCUCUCAAUCAGAAAGAUUCCUGGCUCCCAGGUGUCUUUUAUACAGGUAACGAGCUGAGAUUAGGAGCACACUCUUAAAGGGAGUGCUCCUAAUCUCAGCUUGUUACCUGUAUAAAAGACACCUGUCCACAGAAGCAAUCAAUCAAUCAGAUUCCAAACUCUCCACCAUGGCCAAGACCAAAGAGCUCUCCAAGGAUGUCAGGGACAAGAUUGUAGACCUACACAAGGGUGGAAUGGGCUACAAGACCAUCGCCAAGCAGCUUGGUGAGAAGGUGACAACAGUUGGAAGAAACACAAAAGACUGUCAAUCUCCCUCGACCUGGGCUCCAUGCAAGAUCUCACCUCGUGGAGUUGCAAUGAUCAUGAGAACGGUGAGGAAUCAGCCCAGAACUACACGGAGGAUCUUGUCAAUGAUCUCAAGGCAGCUGGGACCAUAGUCACCAAGAAAACAAUUGGUAACACACUACGCCGUGAAGGACUGAAAUCCUGCAGCGCCCGCAAGGUCCCCCUGCUCAAGAAAGCACAUAUACAGGCCCGUCUGAAGUUUGCCAAUGAACAUCUGAAUGAUUCAGAGGAGAACUGGGUGAAAGUGUUGUGGUCAGAUGAGACCAAAAUCGAGCUCUUUGGCAUCAACUCAACUCGCCGUGUUUGGAGGAGGAGGAAUGCUGCCUAUGACCCCAAGAACACCAUCCCCACCGUCAAACAUGGAGGUGGAAACAUUAUGCUUUGGGGGUGUUUUUUCUGCUAAGGGGACAGGACAACUUCACUGCAUCAAAGGGACGAUGGACGGGGCCAUGUACCGUCAAAUCUUGGGUGAGAACCUCCUUCCCUCAGCCAGGGCAUUGAAAAUGGGUCGUGGAUGGGUAUUCCAGUGUGACAAUGACCCAAAACACACGGCCAAGGCAACAAAGGAGUGGCUCAAGAAGAAGCACGUCUCCAGACCUUAAUCCCAUAGAAAAUCUGUGGAGGGAGCUGAAGGUUUGAGUUGUCAAACGUCAGCCUCGAAACCUUAAUGACUUGGAGAAGAUCUGCAAAGAGGAGUGGAACAAAAUCCCUCCUGAGAUGUGUGCAAACCUGGUGGCCAACUACAAGAAACGUCUGACCUCUGUGAUUGCCAACAAGGGUUUUGCCACCAAGUACUAAGUCAUGUUUUGCAGAGGGGUCAAAUACUUAUUUCCCUCAUAAAAUGCAAAUCAAUUGAUACAAUUUUUGACAUGCGUUUUUCUGGAUUUUGCUGUUGUUUAUUCUGUCUCUCACUGUUCAAAUAAACCUAACAUUAAAAUGAUAGACUGAUCAUGUCUUGUCAGUGGGCAAACGUACAAAAUCAGCAGGGGAUCAAAUACUUUUUUCCCUCACUGUACUUCUGCAAAUUGCACCAAAGCGAUUGAAAAAAAAUACGGUAUUACACAAUGGUUUACACUGCCCCUUCUGACCAUAAUACAGCAUGAAUAUCCUUCCAUCAUUACAAAUUCUAACAUUCCUUUGUCUUUUUCCACCUCCCUCCAAUUCACGGUCCCUCCGGACUUGUUGCUCUUAGCUCUGGGGAAUAAUCAAACAGGAUACAAGUGCAAAGGUAUGCUCUAUGGACUGUAAUGUGUAUAGGCCUAUUUUCUAUUAUUCUUAGAACUACAUAUUUAAGACAUUUGGGAUUUUUCAAUACAUGCACUGUGAGGGCUUUGGCCUGACGUACUGUUAUGUGUUCUGUUUCAGAUUGCGGCGUGAACUGCCAUAAGCAGUGCAGGGAGCUGUUGGUGCUGGCCUGUAGGAAGCUGCCGCACUCCACCUCUUUGGAACGUGUCUCCCCUGGAGGUCUCACCCACAGCUCUCUACCCAGCAGCCCCGCCAUGCCCACUGCAAAGGUAAAGCAACACUUCAGUGAUAGCCAACAGCGUUUCAACUAACAUGGUCUUUGGUCAGUGUAUUUCAUUCCUGUCAUACUGUCAUCAAUGCAGAUGAGGACGAGAUGUUUGAGUUCCCCUCAGUGACACCUGGAGGUUCUGACCUGGAGCAUAAGUCCAUCACCCUGAUGACGGGCUCGGCCCAGCGGAUCUCUGUGAGUUUACAGCGGGCCACCACCAGCCAGGCCACGCAGACAGAGCACCUGUGGCCAGAGCACACCUGGGGGGCUGGGGACGGGGGCUCCCACACCUUCCCAAAAAUGAAAGUACCGACCACACCGGAAGGCCUCCAAGAGCAAAGGCUUUGCCCGCUGGAGAGAAUGAGGCCCAGGAGCAGCCCAGGAGUCGGCGGGAAUCCAGGAGCAGACGGACAGACCUGCAGAGGUGGUGCAGAACGGGAUAAACACCACACAGAGAGAAGGUAA